AUGUUCUUAAGCUUGUUUCCACCAAAAGGUCGACAUCUUCUUGUCAGACGCCUACAUUCGGCGAAGCAAUUUACUAACCCCAGCGGAGAAGAUAUUCUUUUUAGGGCGAUUUGUACUAACUUAAGGCAAAAGAAAUGGAAAUUCUUGGACAGUGUGUUACCGAGCAUGACAAGUUCCACAGUCUGCCGUGUUUUUCACGAGUUCCGGAACUCUCCACCAGUGAUUUUAGAGGUUUACUACAGGAUCGGAGGAGUCAGAUAUAUUUUAGAUUCUCUAACUUCAUGUGGUAUUGUCAUUCAUCUGAUGGUGAACAGUAAAAGAUAUGAUGAAGCUCUGUGCUUGAUUAAGGAGUUGAUGAUAGCAAAAGGUCACUCACCCUUGGAUGUGUUGAAGACAUUGUUAAAUAGCCAAAGGGACUUUGAUUUUUCAGGUUGUGCAGCUUUUGAAACACUUGUGAGGGCUUGCACUGAUGUUGGGUCAUCCAGGGGUGCUUAUGAGGUUAUUAAGCAAUUAAGAAUGGAGGGAUUUCAGGUUUCAGUUCAUGCAUGGAAUAAUUUUUUGAAUCAUCUGCUUAAAGUGGGUGAUGUAGCUCAGUUUUGGAGGGUACGGAAGGAAAUGAUCUCUUACAGCUAUGUUGAGAAUGUGAUAACAUUUAAUUGGACUAUUUAUGCUCUUUGCAAGGAACACAGAGUGAUUGAAGCCAUCUCAGUUUUCUAUAGGAUGUUGAAAAAUGGGAUUAUUCCUAAUGAUGUUACUCUUAAUAUGCUUAUACAUGGCGCCUGUUGGAUUGGUGAUUGCGAUAUGGCAUUGAAGCUCAUUCAAAAGAUUGUUAUUCAUUGGCUAUAUAAGGAAGGUGACGUUGUUGGAGCUUCUGUGUUAAUCGCUGACAUGUUUAAAAGGAACAUAUGCCCUGAUAGAUACACUUAUUCGACGCUGAUAAGUGGACUUUUCAGGAAUGGCCAGAUCAAUGAAGCACUUAAGCAUUACACAUAUAUUUUAGAAAAGAAUCUCAUUGAAGAUGCUUUCUCCCAUAACAUAGUUAUCAAUUACCUUUGCAGAACUAAGAACAUAAGUAGAGCAAAGCAGAUUCUUUGUAGUAUGUUUGUGCGGGGACUUGUUCCAGAUUUGGGAACUUAUGGUUCACUGAUUGAUUCAUACUGUAAAGCUGGUGACAUGGAAAACGCCCUACAGACUUACAAUGAUAUGAUACUUUCGGCUAAGAAAAAUCCCAAUUUGGUGAUUUUCAACUCAAUAAUGGAUGGUAUAUGCAAAGAGAUAUCUGUAGAUGCAGGAAAAGCAUUUUUAAGUGGAAUGAGAGACACAGGUUUAUUUGACGUUAUAACCUUUAACACUUUAUUGAACAGCUAUUGUGCUGGUGGUCAGGUAGAUAAUGCAUUGAACUUACUUGCAAGUAUGAGGAAGGAAGGGAUUUCUUUCAACAGGGUCACUUUCAAUAUAAUGGUAAACUUCUUCUGCAAGGUUGGAUCAUUCCAGCAGGCAAAGAAACUCGUGAAUGUGAUGCGUGCACAGGGUAUCAAUCUAGAUGGUGUUACAUAUGCUACCUUUAUUACAUGUGCAAUGAAGGAGCGUCGUGGAGCUGAGGAAGUCAUUGAACUGCAUGAUUUUCUGGUUCUUCAAGGAGUGAUUCCUGAUACUCAAAUCUACAAAGAGAUCAUCCGUCCUCUACUCCUCUUACAGAAUGAACAUAUGUUGACUUAA